AUGAUUUUCGGCAUAGGACAGACUCGAUACGAACAACUUCCUACGAGCGUAGUGUCUUCGGAGAAUCUUCGAGGCAAAGGUUCUCGGUUGCGCCUGCCACGGAUUGGCAUCGCCUUAUCUCUAUCAGCUGCAUUCAUUUGUCUGUUUAUUUUUGUCUCUUCUCAGAAGAGGUCGCUCGUUUAUAAUGCUCUGGAUCACUUUCAAUCCCUCAACAUCGCACCGACUGUGGACAAUGGCACGGCGACUCGACGGCGCGCGGUCGCCACUACCCUCUAUUCCAGCAAUUAUGCGAUCGCUGCGGCUGUACUUGCCCAUUCCUUGCGUCGCGCGAAUGUCUCGAGUCGGCUGCUCUUGAUUUACAUCGAAGGCCGGAUUUCCGAGGAGGCCCUCUGCAUUAGUCGGGCUGCCGGAUGGGAGCCCCUUCCCGUCCCCUUCAUUCCUCCUCCCCAUCACGGAAAUGGCAUCCUGGAGUGGUAUCAAGACCAAUAUACGAAACUCAAUAUAUGGGGCCUCGAUCAACACGGUGUUGAUCGCUUGGUUUAUCUCGACGCCGACACACUGGUCUUCAGAAACAUCGACGAACUAUUUGAUAUCCCUUUCAACUUCGCUGCCGUCCCCGAUGUCUUCGCCCCAGAUGAUCCUCGAGGGUUCUCCCUCUCGUUCAAUGCCGGAGUCCUAGCACUUCGGCCCUCUUCUAAAAUUCUAGCGGACAUGAUCAAGAAAACUGAAACGGCAACCUUUCCACUUGAACAAGCUGAACAGUCCUUCCUCAACGCGUACUUCGCCUCGAAACGUGCAUUGCUGCCGUACAUCUACAACGCCGGUAUUGUGAUCAAACGGCAAAGCUCUGAUUUAUGGGAAGAGCUUAAGCGUGAGAUGAAGAUCAUGCAUUUUACGAAUGUGAAGCCGUUCUUGGAGGAGAAUCAAGCUGCGGACAAGAUUCUGUCAGAGCUCGAGCUCGAAGAUGCGAUACGCCGGGCGUGCGAGAGGAAAGGCCUGUACAGCGAGGAGAUCGAAGCGUGGCGAGAUGCCUAUAGAAGAAUGAUGCGGAACAAGGGCGACAGUAUCUCUCGAUGCCGCGCGAUCUAG